GCUAGUAAGAUUCAGGUUAAUUUACAGUGUUUGUAGCUGGUGAGUGGACUGUGCUUUCCUCUUAAAAUAUUUUAGCAGGUUGCUGUUUUCUGAAGAUUACUGGAGUUUCAGUGGUUUGUAAAGUAUAUAUUUGGUCCUGGAGGAUAUUUAAAGUUCUAGGCUUUGAAGACGGAACAGGAAUGAGGGAAGAGUGAAACGCAGUCUGUGUGGAAGUUAUCACAAAGAGGGGACCUAGCGUAUUUUGGAAAAUGGUGUUUCUGAAGACGUGUAUUCUGUUUGCUGGCGUGGUAGUGGCUCUAAAGUGUCCUGAUGGACUGCUAUGUAGAGAUGAGGCAUCUUGCUGUGAAUUACCAGGAGGAGGUUACAGUUGCUGCUCCUCUCAAAAGGAGGUGAUGAAACCACUCUCAAUGAUUCCUUCUGGCCUAGUUAAUAACAUCACUGGAAAUGCAUGCCCUGAUAACACUUAUUGUCCAGCAGAAUACAGCUGUGUUCAGCUGCCAUUAGGAUCAUUUGGAUGCUGCCCACUGCCCGAGGCUGCCUGCUGCAAGGAUGUGAACCACUGCUGUCCAAAAGGCUUUCGCUGCAGUAAAGAUGGGAAGUCUUGCAUUAAAGAAUCAGAUGUUCCAAAGUUGGGUGCAGUUAUGUGCCCUGAUGAAAAGUCGGAGUGUCCAGAUUUUUCUACAUGCUGUGAACUGCCAGAUGGAUCUUGGGGAUGUUGCCCCUAUUCACAGGCUGUAUGCUGUGAAGACAAGGAGCACUGCUGUCCAGAGCGAACGAGGUGUGACUUAAAACAUUACCGCUGUGUGUCACAUGGAAGAAGUCUGCAGAUGCGCCACGUAUUUCCAAGUGAAGAGGCAUUGCUGCAAAGUGGUAAAGGUAACAUGAAGCUCGACGAUGUUCCAUGUCCUAACAAGACAAAUGGGUGUCCAGAUGGCACUACUUGCUGCCAGCUACGUGAUGGUCACUAUGGCUGUUGCCCAUUUGAAAAUGCAGUUUGCUGUAAUGACCAUGAGCACUGCUGCCCUCAUGGUUACGAGUGUGAUUUGGUAAAGCCAAAAUGCAAGCCCUUAAAUAGUCAGAUGUCUGUAAAGAUUGCACCUGUGACCAGUAGAGUGAAAGAUGUUCCAUGUGAUGAUACAUCCAGCUGUCCAGAUGGGUCGACUUGCUGUAAAAUGGCUUCUGGGGCUUGGGGCUGCUGCCCUAUUCCAGACGCUGUUUGCUGUGAAGACCAUGAACACUGCUGUCCGCAGGGAACAAAAUGUAACCUUCCUGCUCAGACCUGUGAUGAUUCCAAAGGAAGCACAUCACUUCUUACCAAAACUGCAGCGCUGAGAAAAAACACGAAAGAUGUUCCAUGUGAUGAUACCUCCAGCUGUCCAGAUGGGUCAACUUGCUGUAAAAUGGCUUCUGGGGCCUGGGGCUGCUGCCCUAUUCCAGACGCUGUUUGCUGUGAAGACCAUGAACACUGCUGUCCACAGGGAACAAAAUGUAACCUUCCUGCUCAGACCUGUGAUGAUUCCAAAGGAAGCACAUCACUUCUUACCAAAACUGCAGCGCUGAGAAAAAACACUAAAGAUGUUCCAUGUGAUGAUACCUCCAGCUGUCCAGAUGGGUCGACUUGCUGUAAAACGGCUUCUGGGUCCUGGGGCUGCUGCCCUAUUCCAGACGCUGUUUGCUGUGAAGACCAUGAACACUGCUGUCCACAGGGAACAAAAUGUAACCUUCCUGCUCAAACCUGUGAUGAUUCCAAAGGAAGCACAUCACUUCUUACCAAAACUGCAACACUGAGAAAAAACGCUAAAGAUGUUCCAUGUGAUGAUACCUCCAGCUGUCCAGAUGGGUCGACUUGCUGUAAAAUGGCUUCUGGGGCCUGGGGCUGCUGCCCUAUUCCAGACGCAGUUUGCUGUGAAGACCAUGAACACUGCUGUCCACAGGGAACAAAAUGUAACCUUCCUGCUCAGACCUGUGAUGAUUCCAAAGGAAGCACAUCACUUCUUACCAAAACUGCAGCGCUGAGAAAAAACACUCAAGAUGUUGUAUGUGAUGAGACCACCAGCUGUCCUGAUGGUUCCACUUGUUGCAAAAUGCUGUCUGGGAAAUGGGGCUGUUGUCCCCUGCCAAGAGCUGUUUGCUGUAAAGACCAGGAGCAUUGCUGCCCAGAAGGAACAAAAUGCAAUCUCUCUGCUGAAACCUGCGACUCUGCCCAAGGAAGCACACCACUUUAUCGCAAAAUUGCAGCUAUAACAAAGAAUCGUGAUGUUGCUUGUGAUGAAAGUACCAGCUGUUCUGAUGGUUCUUCCUGCUGCAAAAUGUUGUCUGGGGCAUGGGGCUGCUGUCCUUUUCCAAAUGCUGUAUGCUGUGAGGAUCAUCUGCAUUGCUGCCCCACUAACUACAAAUGCAAUGUUUCUGCUGGAACCUGUGAUCUGUCCAGUCAAGCAGUUUCUACAGAAGUGCAGAAGUCUUCCCUCUACCUCAUCUUUGCCAAGACAAUGACCCCUGGGAGGGAUGUGAAGUGUGAUUCCCAUCAUUCUUGUCCUUCUAAGCAAACCUGCUGCAAGACUGCCACAGGGAGCUGGAGCUGCUGCCGUUUCAAAGAGGCGGUGUGCUGUGAGGAUAAGCUGCACUGUUGUCCCAAAGGAUACUCCUGUUCUAUGACUGCAGGCAUGUGUGUGAAGAAAGGUUGGCAGCAUUGGGAUGUCCCCUUCUCCAGUUCCAGGAAGGCUUUCAGUACACUCUGAAAUGUGUUGCCUUUCUCCCUCAUAGCUAACACUGGACCUUCGACAUACCUUUUUCCAUGACUUUCUGUUUCGGAUAUAUUUAAUUGCCAGCAAAGUAAAUCGGCCUACAAUGCAAAGACAAACUUUACUUUUAUACAUUUUAAAAGGGAAAAUAUUUGUAAGCAACUUAGAUAUUCAUCCAGUUAUGAAUCCAGAAUAUCUUACUCUGGUAACUGAAUGUCAGUUCUCACUUGCUGGAAGUUAUGCAUCACUCUUGAUUAGCUAGUAAGGUAGCGAGAGAGUACAGGUGCUUGUUUUACAAUAGAUGCACUGUUACAAAUGCUGACAUUACACAGGUAACCUCUGGCUCUGAUAAAUGUAUGUAUUAGUCCUGACACUGCCUCACUUCCAUUUUUGAUUUUUGCCUUGACUAUUAAAGAUGUUUUAAGCAAUUUGCACUCUUUCAGCCACUGAAGCAGCUGUUACAGUGGUCCUAGUAACAUAUAAAGCCAAGAAAGAAGAAAUCACACAAACAAUCUACAGUUAAGUGGUCACCCUUCUUUAAAUGCCUCCCAUCUUCCACAACUGAUUGUCCAUUGACCAUUUUGCCACAUACAACAUUGUUCUUGGUUUUACAGCACCUUUUGUUGCACUUCAUUUAAAAAAACAAACAUGUGACAUGUUUGGAUAUAUACAUGUAAAAAAGUGUUUAGGUUGCAUUCUUAAUUUAUUUCUUGGUCUUACGUGAUGUGACUGUCUCCAAACUCUGAUUCUGGUUAACAUGUGCAAGAACAUCAUGUUUAGUAGACUUGUAAAUUACUUUGACCUUUGGUGUCCUCUGAACGCUUCCUUCUAAAUUAGUGCCAUUUGCUUUCUCUUUCCAUAAUGUUGUAAAGGAAAGUUGACAAUAGGCAGUGAGUGUUAAAUAAUGGGAAUGUCUAAUGAAACGUAGGGUUAAGGAAUAAUAUGGCAGUUAAUUUUAAUGGUGUAAGAUGUACUGAAGUAUUCAGAAGUUUUUGAAAGUGCCAUUCAGGUUGGGAGAAGGGCAGUUAAACUUCAGUAUCACUCCUGUUUUAUCAGAUCUCAUGGGAAUGUUUAAGGUAUAAAAUGACACUCCAGGCAUGAAAUGUUGACAUAGUGGUUAAAACCCUAGGUAGUUUAUUUGCCAUGCCCUCAUAAAACUUGCUUCAAACUAUCUUUACGACUUCCUUGCAAGUUUCUUUUUUUUCUCACCUCCAAAUUGCAGUUGGACCUCUUUGCAGCAAGACCUCUGCGGCAGAAAUUACUUUAUGUUCUGCCAAAGACAUCACAUAGCAGAUGCAUCGCAAGACAUUUGACUGACUUUUGUUGCAGUAAAAUAUUUGAUAUCCUGCAGCUCCUGAUCACUGACAGUGCUUCAAUGGAUGGGAGGGUGGCUUAAUGGUUAAGGUUUUUGCCUUACAAGUCCCACAAGGGAUAAUUGGCUAGGCUUACAAUGGCUCGCAAGGGCAGUUAGCUUAGUAAUAACCUAUGAAUGAAUAUGAAUGAAAAAAAGAAAUUCUGAUAUUUUACACUGUUGACAAUUUUUGAAGUUUCUCUCAUAAACUGACUGCAACCAUGGCUGCAUGUGAUAACCUCUCACAUGUGUAAGGGCAUUUGUCUAGUGGCAGACUGUCAGACAUAAACAUUUUAGUUGAUUUCUAUGUAAUGAUUUUUAAAGUGUUUAGCUGCAUUAAAAGCUGUAAAUAAUCUUUAUGCAAUUAUCUUUAAGAAAUUAAAACAUUUCUACAAAUAAA